CGCUAAAUUAUUUAUUUGACAGUAAACGAUAAAUAAAAUAGUACAUCAUUAACAAAUGAUGAAGAUUUGUUUGCAACAAAGUUCAAAUUUUUGCACAUGAUAUUGUUUUCUAAAAAAUUGAAAUAUGACUGAAAAAGCCUUCGAUAGUGAUGGAAAACCAAUCGUGCCGUCUAGACCACUUGUAAAAAGGAUCUUAGCUAACGAUCCGAAGAGAUUUUGUGGAAAAUACAUGUUGAAAGAAAUGAUUGGAGAUAAUUUUGAUUGCGACGCUCAUUAUGAGCGCAAUAAAAAACAUGCUUGGGCGGUUGUAAAUUCUUCAAAUAUUAUUCCUGUUCCUUCUGAAUAUAAUGGAAAGCCAGAAAAUUUACGUAGCAGUGCUGCUACUUUCUACACCACUCCAAUUUCGUCUAUCUGGCAAUCAGAGUGUGGCAAUUUCAUUUUGUUCCCUCCUGAUGAUGCCUACACUUUUACUACGAUUGAAAAGUUUCACACCAAGGACUGGUUUCCGAGGAUCAAUUUUAAAGAAUAUUUGUGUUACCCAUCGAGUAGCACAAAAUUCAACAUUCGAAAUCCAACGAAUUGGAAGCAAUUUAUGGGAGAUUGUAAGAAAAUACUAAUGCGUCGAGUUUUGAGUGAUUCCGAGGCGCCGAGCAAUAAAUCUAAACCGUCGGAGAAACAAGCAACUAACACAUUCAAAAAGCUUCUAGUGAAAAGUGGAAUAAAAGCUGUUGACAGAAAAUUACCAUCUGCAAUCAACAUUUUUGACCAAGAUGCUCCUACCAGUCAAUCUCGAUCUUUGAAGCGCAAGUUUUUUGAUGAGGUGAUGUCCUCUGCUGACAAAUUAGAACCGAAGUAUAAGAAGCUGGUGAAGGGUAAUAAAUUGGCAGAAAAAAAUCCCAAGGAUUCGAAAAAAUUGCUUGAGAAAACAGAAUUGAGAAAGCAGCAGACCAUAAAAAUGAAAACUCCACCAGUAUCAGCAAAACAAAAAUUGGCUUCUGUUAUAUCUUACAAAUCAGACAAAGCGAUGAAACAAAUUAACUUAUUUCCGAAAGAAGAUGACGAAGCUGGUCCAAAAUUGCAAGCUCUUGUGGAUUCAAUUUCAGGAACACAUGACAGUCAAAGGUUGUGUGACUCUGACUUUGACAGUCCUCAACCUGGCAGUAUUCCAAGCAGCUCAGAUAUAGAAUUGACUAAUCAAGGGCAAGAAGUUCUUGAUGUUGUUGUUGAACGAAAUCUCCUACCACCACCAUCCGCAGUUGCUUCACCAAUUAUUCAACAAGAAACCAGGGCCAGUAGACGCAAUAUUGGUUCUGCUGUAAUUAAUUAUGCAGAAACGAAAAGUGACAGUGGAUCUGAUUUCGCUCAACCAACUUCAUUCGAUUUUUCAAUUCCUCCACAACAACCAGCAAUUCUGAAACCUAUUGUACAUAAUAAGAGCAUAGUGACUGCUGUCCCCAAAACUCCAUCUCCAACUAGAUUAAUUGUUCCAACCCGAGGUUAUACCUCUGUUCCUGUUGUUGCCAUACCCCGGGACAAAGAAAUGCAAGAUCUAUUUUCAACUAUGAGCACUCAAAAUAUGGUGACCAGCAGUCAAGUCAGCAAUAUUGAUCUCAAUAACACAUGCGCUUCGGUCAUCAAGUAUAUGAAUGAAAAUCCAUCUGGAAGUGGAAUUUUGUUAAAUCUGCUAACAACCGUCAAAGACAUUCAGGUUGACCAAAAACUAUUGAAAAAUCAAUUUCAGCUUUUGGUUUCAACUCUCAAUCGCGAUAGGAGGUUUUUAACAAUCGAUGGGAACAGUGAUUUUUACUUCUCCAUGGCAAGCGAAAUUCAAAAAAUUUGCCAAUUACCUUUGUCAAAAAUUGGCGAUUUAUGUGUUGCCGAAGAAAUGUUCAAGAAUGCUGAUUAUGUCAGCUUCUUGUUAAUGAUUUUCGUUACGAAUUCGGUUGCUGGUGGCCCAGUGGGAAUGGUGGCUGGGUUCGUGUGGGAUAAGUUUUUUACCCCAAGCUUAUCCAGCCUCAUUGCCUGGGCCAGCAUUGAUGAAUGCAGGGAAGAUGGCUUCAAAGAAUUUGGUAGGAAAGAUGGGGAGAAGAAGAAAUUGCUGUUGUUUAAAUCACGUUUUCCGAGAUUGACCCAAAUGAUUUACCACAUCAUUCGGCGACGUGCAAUGCUGAGUGAAAAGAAACCACCGUCAACAUUCAAAAUGAAUGAAGAAAUUAAGAAAGCUAGGGCUGUCAGCGUCAGAAGAUAUACUACUGGAAUGUAUAUUACGGACUUUCAAGACUCCUCUUCAGCGUAUCCCGGCAGAUUGUGUUUGGCAAUGUUUUCUGAAGAUAUAGACCAGGGACCGGAAUUUAAUCAAGCAGAUUUCAAAGAAGAUCAGAAAGUCCGAAGAAAUACGUGCUUCAUUUGCUCCAAUAGAAGUGCUAUUUGUCAAAACGAAGCUGAAGGAUUUGCUGGUGACAAAUUGGGCCGAACAAGUCGAAAUAAAUCGAAGAAAUAUUCUGCAGCUGCUAAGAAAGAGGCGAAGAAAUUCGUGAAGAAAAAUAAUACAGUAGAAAAAACUGCUUGUGGAAGUUGUAGACGACCAAAUCGAAGAGUCAAUGAGAAACCGAGGAGGGAGUUUUUGAAUUAUUGUUCGUUUGCUCAUCGCUUUCAGCGUAUUGAAGAAAGAGCGAUGAAUAAUAUGUCUGAAGGAGUUUCAUUCUUGGAUUGUCCGGCGAUGACAAACCAAUUGAUUGAGGCACGUUCCAUGUACCAAGAGUAUCUACAAAUUCGAGCCUACCACGCGGAUGAUGACGAUAUUGGUGCGCCAGAAGACGAUUCACCUCCAGGUUGUGGCAAUAAACAUUCUGGUCAAAGUUCAACUAUUUCCAAGAAAAAGCGUCCACGAGCAUGUGAUGAUACUGACGAGAGUGAAACCGAAGGUGAUAACAGUGAUGCGAGCAAUAGCAGCAAUGACGAAGAAGAAAAGAGUGACGAAGGGACAGAAAGUGAUAAAGAUUCGGUGCUAUUCUCAGUUAGUCCGGUGCAAUUCUCAGAUAGCGAAGUUAGCGAAACUAGUGAAGAGGACGUAGUUGAGGAAGUUCAGAAGAAGAAGUCGAAGAAGAGGUCUGAACACAACGAGAAAGUGUUCGAAAAAGCUGCCAAAAAAGCUGCCAUGAAAGUUGGCAAAAAAGCGUAUAAACGUUCUAUGGAGAAAGACAGACAUUUUAGUUCUUGAACAUAUUUUCUAUUUUGAAGUUUAAGUGGUUUUGGUUAAAAAUGUUUUUUUCUUUCAGUUUAUUAUAUUAUCAGCUUGAAUGGUAUUUACACUAAUUGUUGCAGACUUCUAAGUCAUUUAAGUUUUGUUUUACAGCCAAUAGCAUAAGAGUAGGAAUCUUGUGUAAUAAAAUUCUUUUUGUAAUAUAUUAAUCUAAAUCAA